GCGAAGCUGAAGCGUGCUGUGCAUUGCCUGUGAUCACACAAGUGCGAGCGAUUCAUUGCUUACGGAACGAUAACUUCUGCGCGACGCCAGAACCGCUGCCGCGGAGGAGCCUGGAGCAAGGAGCAAGCGCUUCACACCGCUGCAGAGCAGCAGAGAGCCACGAUUGCGCCACACAAGAGCGCCCUCGUGAUAAUAGCGCUCCUCCGGCUCAUACCACGCGCCGGAGCGAUGACGACGAAGCGGGUCGCGCGCGUGCUGCCGCCGACGCCCGACGGUAUUGAGCGCGCCGGCGGCGUGCUCCGGAGCGGCGGCCUCUGCGCGUUUCCCACGGAGACGGUCUACGGCCUCGGCGCGAGCGCGCUCGACGAAAGAGCCGUAAGACGCGUCUUCGAGGUCAAGGAAAGGCCGCUCUCGGAUCCGCUGAUCGUGCACGUCGCGAAGCCCGAGGACGCGCCGGCGCUCGUUGAUUUAGAUGAGCCGUGCCGGAAGGCUUUUGAUGCAUUAACAGAGGCGUUCUGGCCCGGGCCAUUGACAUUAGUGUGCCCCGCACGAUCACAUUUACCGGACUGCCUCUCCGCGGGCACCUCAACGGUGGGCGUGCGCUGCCCGUCGCAUGAGUUGGCGAGACGACUCAUUGACGCGGCCGGCGUGCCUGUGGCGGCGCCGUCCGCCAACAAGUUCGGGCACGUGAGUCCCACGACGGCGGCGCACGUGCUGGACGAUCUGGGCGGCGAGGACAUCUCCAUUCUCGACGGCGGUGCUUCCGGGAGUGCGCAGUGCGAGCACGGUAUUGAGAGCACGGUCGUCGGGCUGAGGACGGAAGGUACGACAUGCCACCUGACGCUGUAUCGGCGAGGCGCGCUGCCGCGGGCCUCGUUAGAGGAGAUCUGCUCGCAAGUGGGGGCGCGCCUGAACACCGCGGAGACCUACGCGUCCGAAUCCAAACCCGACGCCUCGGGCAGCCCGGGCCAGCUCCUGACGCACUACGCGCCGCGCCUGCCCGCCGCGUUGUGUACUGUCGUCGCGGAUGCAGCAGCGGACGACGCGAAGAGCGACUCGUACCUCGCGAACUGCGUGGUGGUCGAUUUUGGUGGGAGGUUGAAGACUCUAGAAAAAGCCGCGCGCGCCUACCGCGACCUCUCGGCCGCGGGCGACGCCAAAGUCGCGGCGAACGCGCUCUUCGAUACAUUAAGAUGGGCCGAGGGCGUCCCGGGCGCGGCGAACGUGUUCAUCGCCGACCUCUCGGAGGAGCGCGCGUCGUCGGCGCUCAUCGCCGGCGUCGCGGACCGCGUCUACCGCGCGGCGUCGGGCAACGCCAUCGAGAUCCCUCGCAAGACAUAAGUGAAGUUCAUACCUACCUUGAACUGCGGACGCCUUCGCAACCGUUGUUGUGCGCAGGUUUUCUGGUGUUUGCUGUCCAGAUUGAUCGCGGCGAUGGCGUGCUGGUGAAAUAG